AUGGCCUCCGAGACAAACCAUGACCUCGAAAAAUCCUCCAGCAUAGAUCACACCCCGCGCCCACGCAGCGCAUCCUCAGACGAAGAGUCAACAAUCGGCUACGAUGAACCCCCACAACCCCACGAUGCCCUCGACCGCGUUCCAACAACAGCAAGUGCCAUAUCACGCACACUGUCAGCCGUGCGGACUAAAGAAUCCGGCAAAUCGCUAGGCCCACCCCCCGACGGCGGGUUCCAGGCCUGGUCUCAGGUUGCACUGGCGCAUUUCGUCAUCUUCAAUACGUGGGGUUAUAUCAAUAGCUUUGGUGUGUUCCAGACAUACUAUACCCAGACACUGGGUCACCCGCCUUCGGAUAUCUCGUGGGUGGGCAGUAUUCAGAUCUUCUUGUUGUUCUUUAUUGGGACUUUUUCUGGGCGUGCCACUGAUGCUGGGUAUUUCAAGGUUACGCUUGCAGUUGGGGCUACCCUUGAGGUCUUUUGUAUCUUUAUGACUUCAUUGUGUACGAAGUACUGGCAGUUGUUCUUGGCUCAGGGUCUUGGGCAGGGCAUUGGGUGUGGACUUAUGUUUUGCCCGACUUUGGCUCUUGUUUCGACGUAUUUUGUGAAGAAUCGGGGUAUUGCUAUUGGAAUUGUGGCUUCCGGCUCGGCCACGGGUGGAAUGGUCUUCCCGGCUGUUAUCAUGCGUAUGCUGCCUGCUGUUGGGUACGGGUGGACGGUGCGGACGUUGGGCUUUAUUUCGCUGGCCACGUUGAUCCCUUGUGUGCUCUUCUUGAAGCAGCGCCUUCCGCCGCGCAAGAGUGGCCCGCUUGUUGAGUGGGCUGCGUUCACUGAGAUGCCGUACCUGCUAUUUGCUAUUGGCAUGUUCUUGAACUUCUGGGGGUUGUAUGUCGGUUUCUUCUAUAUCGGCAGUUUUAGUCGCAACAUCAUUGGUGUAUCCACGAAUAGAUCGAUUGAUCUGCUCUUGGUCAUGAACGGAGUCGGUCUGGUCGGUCGACUGGUCCCCAAUCUGCUCGCUGAUCUGUUCACUGGGCCUCUCAACCUGUUGAUUCCCUUCAGUUUCGCCACGGCCCUGGUAGGCUAUUGCUGGGCGGCCGUCAAAGGUAUGGGAGGAUUGUGGACAUUCGCUGUGUUUUAUGGUCUCUUCGCGGCUGGCAUUCAGUCAUUGUUCCCCGCCACCCUCAGCACCCUCACAACUGAUCUCAAGAAGAUCGGCGUGCGCAUGGGCAUGGUGCUCAGCGUAGUAGCUGUGGCUGCUCUCAUUGGAUCGCCUAUUGCUGGUGCACUGGUUGAGCGUGACGAUGGCAAUUAUCUGUAUGCCCAGAUGUUCAUGGGAAGUGCGAUCAUCGCUGGUGGAAUCACCCUGACUGGGGCCCGAGUGACCAAGGUGGGCACUGGAUUGGCGCGAGUCUAA